AUGUGAGAGAGUGGACUCAUGGGAGAAAACACAUUUACAUGUUUCAGUAUUUUAUAUAGUAAGUUGAACUGAUGGAUCAAUAAACAGUAAAGAUCAUUAUCACUGAUUCAUGAUUUAAGCAAAAAAAGUCUGAACUUGAGUAAUGUGGAAGAAGUUCAUUUCAUAAAAACAUGCAGGAGUAGGAAAUGAACACACAGGAUUUCAAACUUCCUUUUUCUAAGAUAUCAAACUUAACAACUGCUAUGCCUCUUCAUCACAACAAAACUAAAUAUCAUUUUAAUCUUCAUUUUUAUUUUCAGGAACCUAAUUUCACUGUUUUAUAAUCUGUGGUUCUUCCUUUGAUUCUGAUCAGUCACAAAUGAAUUCACACUAAAAUUAUUAAGUGGGUGGAGCCAAAACUUUCCUUACUGUGAAGUCAUCGUCAAAGAGGAAAUUAACAUUUACGGCGAGAGACCGACAAAGUAAGAAUGACUCUACGACUGGAAUUAAUCAUUAUUUUGAUGUGUCAGUUUAAAGGAACCAGUGCACAAAUUGAGCAUCUCUAUAAUAGAGUUGGAGAGGACGUCCUUUUACCUUUUAAUGUUGAUGGAUCAUCUAAUCAAUGCUCUGAUGUUAUGUGGCUGUAUAACCGUCCGAAAAGCAAUUUUACAGAGCAAUUGAACAGAGGAAACCAGAUAAAAAAACCUUCGGCUCGAGCUUCCAGGCUGAGUGUGAGCAGUAACUGCUCUCUCUUAAUCAGAAACAUCAAUGAUGAAGACGCUGGUCGAUACGUCCAGCGCGUCGGGGGAAAAGAUACUCUUAAGCAUUUACAUAUUUUAAACAUUUCUUCAUCUCCGUCAGAUGUUUAUGAAAGAGUCAACCUAACUUGCUCUUUAAGGAGUUAUGAUGACCCGGGUGUCUGUAAGCAGAACAGCAUCAUCUGGGUGAAUGAGAGAGGAUCUCAGCUGUCUGGUGAAGAUGUUGAGUCUAGAGGACAAACAAACUGUGUUUCUGUUCUCACCGUCAAACGUCAGAGUGGAAACACCAAAAAAAUCACCUGCCAGUUUGUUAAGAAUGGCAACGUAAAGACAAAUGCUGUCUUUGUUCUUACAGGAAUCAGUGAAAAAACCGAACGUCUCUAUGAAAGAGUUGGAGAUGACGUUGUGUUACCUUGUAGAGUUAAAUCCUCCUCUUCUUCCUCAUGUUCCAUUGUUAACUGGCUGUACCCGAAAGAUUCAAGGGGAGCAUCUAUAGAAGAACUAUUCAAAGGAAAGGUUGAUCAGGGUUCAGCUCGAGCUUCCAGGCUGAAAAUGAGCAGUGACUGCUCUCUAAUCAUCAGAAACAUCACUGAUGAAGACGCUGGUCAAUAUAACUGCAGCCUCGGGAACUGGAACGGCCAUGAUGCUUCUGUGUUUCUUAAUGUUUUGAGCAUUUCUAAAGAUUCAAGAGAAGUCAAUCCCAGAGGAAAUGGAGACAUCACAUUACAGUGUUCACUGAAUAGAUAUGAUAAAAGAAUUCCCUGUAAAGAGAACAGCAUCAUCUGGAGGGAUGAGAGAGGAUCUCAUCUGACUGGUGAAGGUGUUUGGUUUGAGUUUAGAGGACAAACAAACUGUGUUUCUGUUCUGACUGUGAAACAUCAGAGUGGAAACAACAAAAGAUUCACCUGCAAGUUUAUUGAAGACAACAGAGUGAAGAUAGAUGCUGUCUACAGUCUAGACUUAUCAGAAUCUCCUCAGAGUAACACUCCCAUCAUCAUUGGAGCCGUGGUCGGUGUGGUGUUGGUGCUGCUGGUCGUCGUUACUGUUCUUCUCUGCAGAACCAAGAGAGCCAAAAUCACCAGAGAUCAGGAUGGAGAAACAGACUUUCAAAAGCCGACUCCACACAUUAGAGAACCAGAGAUUGACCUGCAGACUGAGAGUGACCUGGCGUAUGCCACAGUUAUCCAUUCCAAAUCAAAGUCUUCCUCCAAGAUUACGAUAAAUUCCAAAGAAUGUGAGGUGACCUAUUCUUCAAUUAAAAUGAAGUAACAGAAGCAGACUUUGAUAUCCAAGGUCUUCACAGCUGUUUACUUUAAACACCUUUUUUUUACAGCUAAUAGAAAAGAGGACCAGUCACUCAUGUAUACCAUUUACUAUAUAAAAUGAUAAAGAUCCAAAAAUGUACUGUGUUAAAUGAAUAGUGUGUGAAUAGCUUACCUGCUAUUUUAUUUUCUAUUUGUUCAACUGUUUGCUGCUCCAUUCUGUUCCUCCUCAUGUCUUUAUAUUGGUGUUCUGAAACUAAACUAGUCAAUGAGUUUAUGAGUCAUUAGUUUUUUUCCCAUCAAACGCUUGACUAAGCUAAAUUAUGAAGUAAUAAAACCUUCUCAGCUUGUUUACAACAACCUAUAUGCUUCCUUAUUUCGACUAUUCUUUCCAUGUUUAGAAAUGACAUUGUUUUGUGAUGUAAUUUACUGCCACAAGGCAAAAGCAGGUUUUGAAAUUGUUCUUCAGAAAUCAGAACAGUACAUGUCUAUGUAAUGGAAAUAUAUAAAGAAAAUAAAUCUUUA